AUGAACUUCUUAUUCGGCCCACGGCGGGCCCAACCGGCCACUGUGGAAUCAGACAACAUUGUCCCCCUUCGCUCCUGGGAUACAGCUCUGUCCAUGCGUGGUACAGUCCUAGACACUGCCUUGAUUUUCCAUGAUGUGUUAGAUAUCCCCAAGCUCCAUGGUGCAUUGGAUCGGCUGUAUUCUACCGGAAAUUGGAGCCAGCUUGGAGCUCGACUACGCCUGAAUGGUCACAAUACUUUGGAGUAUCACAUUCCGAAAUGCUAUGACGAUGCCCGACCAGCCUUUAUAUUCACCAAUGUCAGACACGAGAUGCCCAUCGGUUCUCAUUCAUUGGCAGCCCGACUCCCUGAAGUUGCAGACAUGGCGAAACUCUUUGCAUCUCCAAAUGACUUUACUCCGCUUGUGCGAAGCAAAGAUACACCCCAAAAGCUAGACGACUGGAUCUAUUCCGACAACCCGCAGCUGUUCAUCCAUGCUGUUAGUUUUGACGACGCGACUAUUCUGACUGUAACCUUUCCACACACUCUGGCCGAUGUAAUGGGGAUCGGUAUCUUCAUGAAGGCCUGGUCUGCCAUGGCCCGGGGUGACCUGGCCGCUGUGCCGAAUCUUGAGGGCUUCGAAUCAAAUCCUCUGACAGAGCUUGGCCAGCGAACACCGGCAGAAAAAUAUGUGUAUUUUGACCGAGUACUCAACAAAGGCCAGCUGCUUAUGUUUGUUGCUCGUCGCAUAGUUGAUUCGCUUUGGUAUCGCCAAGAGGAAAGACACACAAUCUCCCUCCCGGCCAGGUGUGUCAAGAAGAUGCGCACAAAGGCUAUUGAGGAGCUUGAAAGGUCGAGUGACCACGGAUGUGCCAAUUCCAAACCCUUCCUCAGCGAGAGCGAUAUAAUACUGGCAUGGUGGGCACGCACACUCUAUAUUGCACUCGGGCUGUUACCAAGCCAGCGGAUCCUACUCAACAAUGCGUUCAACCUGCGAUGCCAUCUUCGAGAUGAAUCAUUAAGUAAACUUGCCUGGAGAAUUCGGCAAUCAGUAACCCUUCAGCAGACGGCCGAUCAGGUUGAGGCUGUGACGGCUUUGUUGAAGCAAACCAUGGAAAAAUCAGGCUACCUUGCAUUGAUCGGCGAGCCGGGUAUGCUGCUCCUCUCCUCUUCAAAUUGGCACAAAGCCGGAAUGUACGGGUUAGACUUUUCUUCGGCAGUGACCACGCCUGGAAAAGACCUAAACAACCGGGCAAACGAUCUUGGGAAACCAUCGUAUGUCAAUGGAGUUCUACAUUCCGAUCUAUCAUUCAGAAAUACCUUUGCUGUGACAGGAAAAGACGCUGGUGGUAACUGGUGGCUUAACGGCGUUCUUCGGACCGAUGCAUGGGCACAGGUCCAAGCCGAGCUUGAGAAGCUAGCCGAUUGA